AUGGGGACCGAUGAGAAUGAUAUACUUCAACUCGCCGAAGACAUCUCGGUAGCACAAACCCCUUUGAGACACCCAUCUCCCAACUCUCCACAUAUCCUGGUCAUUGGAGGCGGAGUCACUGGUUUGGUUACCUCCUGGCUCCUCCUUGACCGCGGCUAUAUCGUCACUAUAGUCUCCAAAGAAUGGGCUAGCUAUGGCCUCAGACAACGCUUAACAUCACAAAUAUCAGGCGCGUUGUGGGAACUACCCCCAACAGAAUGCGGCGGUGUUAACGCAGUAGAACAAAAGCUCAAUGAUGGUGACCUCAAGACCGUCCAAGAAUGGGCACAAGAAAGCUUCAAAAUAUACGCGAAGUUGGCACAGAAUGAAGAAGUUGCUCGUGCUUCUGGUGUCAAGUUAUGCACUUGCACCUCGUUCCAGACAUACCGAUUAUUGGAUGAUGAGUUGAAAUUCCGCAAGAUGGAAUUGGCGAGGAAGAUUAGUCCUGAUGGCUUUCAGUGGGGGCUUGAUCUGGCACGGAAAUACGGUGUUAAUACUAGUGCUUUUGGGGGAUUGAAGGAUGCAUAUGAGCAUCUUGCUCCGGUUAUUGAUACGGAUAUGGCUAUGUCCUUUUUGAUGCGACUUGUUCGCGUCAAAGGUGCAAGUUUUUAUACGGAUACCAUUGUUGGGAACUUGAUCGACCAGGAGGCUCAUCUCUUGCGCAUAUAUCAGGCUGAUGCGAUAGUCAAUGCAACUGGUAUGGCCGGGGAGCUAGCCUCAGACAAGGAAGUCUAUCCUCUUCGGGGCGGUGUUCUCCGCGUGAUAAAUGAUGGGUCGGACUUUCCCAAAAUUGAAAGCUCUCUUAUAGUGGCCGCUGAUCGAAAAGACGAUGGCACAUAUGGAGACGUGGCAUUUGUUGUGCCGAGGAGUGAUAAUAUUCUUAUUCUUGGAUCUAUUGAACAAGCUCAUGAGUGGGACUUGGAUCUUAAGAUUGACUCCCCGAUAAUCCAAAAAAUGCGCGAAAGGUGUGAGGAGCUUGUUCCGGCCCUUAAGCAGGCACGUUUGGAUCCUAGGUACCCCCUCGCACAGGGAUUGAGACCAUAUCGCAAUUCGAGGAUUCGGGUCGAGCGAGAAGGACAUGCAAAAAAUGGACACCAGAGUCGGAUAGUGCACUGCUAUGGUCAUGGUGGCGCAGGUUGGUCGCUUGCAUUUGGGUCCAGCAGAGAGUGUGUACGGUUGAUUGAGGAAACAAUCGAGCGCACCAAAGGGAGAGACAUCCGGGCUUCUCUUUAG